UUCGGUAAGUCUUCUCUAUGGAAUUCUGGAAAUAAAUAAUGUUGGUCGGUUAUAUUAUAUCGUAUCCGCCGUAGGAAUUUCGUGGUUUGCGUUUAGUCUGACGUCCAUGUUGAAGUUAGUUCAAUGCACAAGAGGAUUGCGCUCAACAAUGGGAUGCCGUGGAAGUGAAUGAGAGCGUGGCGUGGAAGCUAACACGCUAGGUGUUGGACCAGCGAUCAACGGAUUAAAACAUGUUUGGCUUUCAUAAGUCCAAGAUCUACCGGAGUAAUGAUGGAUGUUGUAUCUGUAAAACCAAGUCCUCGAGUUCACGUUUUACAGACAGCGGUCGAUAUGAAGAAACCUUCAGGCUGUGUUUUGGGUUGUCAGAAGACCGUGUUGGAGAUAUCUGCAAUGCUUGUGUUCUGUUGGUAAAGAGAUGGAAAAAGCUACCGAAUGGCUCAAAGAAGAACUGGAAUCACGUUGUGGAUGCCAGAGCAGGACCAGGUUUCAAAUUAACUAAACCUAAGAAAAUGAAGACGGGGGAUGUGAAGAGAAAAAGCAAGCUUAAAAAACUUCACAAGUUUAAGAGGCAAAACUCUGAUGCCCAAAGCACCACAUCCAGUAUGUCUCCUUCCCAGUCCCCCAGCUACAGCAACCAGUCGGACGAUGGUUCUGAUAUUGAGUCCAAGCAGAGGCGUUCUACUCCCACUGCCUUCUCUUUCCUUGACCGCUCCUACUGGAAAAGACAGAAGAUAUGCUGUGGCAUUGUCUACAAAGGACGGUUUGGGGAGGUGAUCAUUGAUCCUCGGUUAUUUAAGCCCUGCUGCAGUUCUAAGAAGCAGAACACCCUGGUGCCCGCACAGGUUGCACCACACCUUCCAGACACGCUUCCUGCACCAGUCCCAGAAGAGCUGAAAGAAACCUGGUGAUGUUUCAUUGUUUUAUUUUAAAUCCAACAGGGUUGUCCAUGGUGCCUAGAUUUGUCUCCAGUGGCAGACUUCCACCCUUCAAAUUAAUUUGCAACGUUGGAGAGAAGUUUGAUCAACUUCUCUUACGGUUCCUUUUUUCUAUUUGUAUUUGCUUUUUGUAUAGAAUUGACUUAUUUUUGAUGAUCUUUUUUUAUAUAGAAGAAAAAAAAUAAAAAAAAAGGUUUUUUUAAGGGCAUUAGUAAUCUAUAAUAUGGCCAUGAAAGGUUUAAUGUUUCUUAU